AUCAAACCACAAGAAGAUGAAGAAGAAUUAGUAGCAGCCAAGGAGAGAUCGAAACCACCUGACGCCGUCUCUCAGUCACUCAUAGGACACGCGUAACUUUACUAAAAAUGAAUUCAGACGCGACUUUAUUGUUGGAAACUGUUCACUUUGCCGCAGAGAAACAUCGCAGCCAGAGACGGAAGGAUCCGGAACAGACGCCGUACAUUAAUCACCCAGUUGGCGUAGCGAGAAUCCUCAGCCACGAAGGAGGAGUCACAGACAUCGAGGUUUUACAAGCUGCUCUGCUUCACGACACCGUGGAGGACACGGACACCACUCCCUCGGAGCUGGAGGCGAAGUUCGGGCCCAGCGUGGCUCGUAUUGUUCAGGAGGUGACGGAUGACAAAACUCUGUCCAAGCAGGAGAGGAAGCGUCAGCAGGUGGAACAUGCGCCUCACUGCAGCCGCCAGGCCAAGCUGGUGAAACUGGCGGAUAAACUGUACAACCUGAGGGACCUGAACCGAUGCACACCUGUCGGCUGGACAGCGGAGCGGGUCCAGGAGUAUUUCGUUUGGGCCUCUGAGGUGGUGAGAGGCCUGAAAGGAACCAACUCGGCUCUGGAGGAGAAGCUGGAGGAGCUGUUCAAGCAGAGAGGAGUCCAGCUCUGACGGAACAGUGGAGAAUGGACUCUUUAAAUCACAAAUUUAAGACAUUUUAAUUUAUAAAUCAACUAUGUGUAUAUUCAUUGGUGUGGCCUUUAUUUGUAUUUAUAUCUAUGUAUAUUCAGGGUUGUGAAAUUGAUGGUAUGUGGUCAGGUGACUGAUGUGAUGGAGCGUCGUAUUUCUGUAUAAACGCACAGAUUCUCUCUGAUAGGGUGGCUGUAAAGAAAUACUCAGUAAAUAAUAAACAUUUGCAUUUUUUUACCUGA